AUGUCCGUGACGACAUUAACCAUUACUGUAGAUUCACUUCAUGGUAAUAGCAGAGAAUCAUUGCCCAUCCAUCUGCAGUCCAUACCCAGCCAGGAUGAACCACAGUCUUCGGUUUCCUUGCCAGAGCAUCCAAACAAGAGAAGGAAGACGGAAUCUCCCAGCCAACUUGCAAACGGCUAUGAACCUGCGAAUUUCCACGAAGCGGUCUGGCAACUAGAAGGUACUAUGCGUAAUGACUAUGUCGGCCAUCAGCCCGUCAUGUUUGGUGAACCAUCAAGUACCAUUCCAAAUGCCACCAUGACGCAACAGCGUGUCUUGGAAGCUGUCAAUGGCCCAGUAAUGCUAGGACAGGAGUCCGAAGCUGGAGAGCUUCGCCAUCAUCUUCCACCUGAACCAUCAGUACCUUGGUCAGAUCUGAUGAGGUUCACACCUGCAGAGGAAACUAAGCAGACUGAAUCCCCGCGUCGUGAACCACCACCACCUCACACAUCAUUGGGUACGCCUGUUGUGGCUAUGGAGAAAAGUCACAGGUGGCUGGCAACGCAGGGGAACAAAUGUGCAUCCUCAUCUCCAUCGAAUCAAAUUCCAUCAAAGAACGGCUGUUCUACUUUCGAGGGACAUACCGUAGAUGAUGAACCGGUAAACGCCAAGACGAACCUCCCGCUGGUAUCCGUGAAAAUGCCGACCACACGACCAGAAUCUCAUACCAAUGACCAAGCGGAAGCAAAGAUAUCGCCAGGUCAACACAAGAGCUGGCUGUCUCCAAACUCCGAUGACGAAUUGUCCGCAAUCGGACUCCCCGAGGAGCGAUACAAGCCAAGGCCCAGUCGUUCAAGGUCACUCAAAGUCGACACUGAAGAGUCAAUUGACUAUUCCGUCCGACCUGAGAAAGCUGCAAAGCUCAGCAAACGUCGAAGAACAACAGCUGACAUGCGCGCUGCCAAUGCAAUCACGACACCCGAGAAAGUACGGCAAAUAUGCGAUAUGGGCUUCACGCCUUCGACUACCGCCGGAGCUCUGAAACGUAACAACGGUGACGUCAUCCAGACCGUCGAUUGGCUAGUUACUAACAAUAUCGGCCAUGACGAGCUGGCGCCACAAAGUCCACCUAAGCCAAAACGAAAAUCAAAAGAAGAAGAUGAGCCUGAGGUGGUCGACGUACAGACUGUACAAAGCAUAAUGCGCAAUCUGGAUGAGUAUCGCCGAGACAAUUGUGACACUGCGCAAUAUGGUCAGUCAGCAGGACCGGACGCAGAUAGCUUUACGACGGAUCUCAUAGACGUCAAUACUUCCGCGGAAACCUCGAAUCCCCAUGAGUGCUCAGAAACAGAUCAGAACAUGAGUCCGACAAAAGUCCAGGUAGUGAUACCAAAGAAGUCGCCCAAAGCUACUGUUGCCCAAGCAGAAGACGCUAUAGGUGUGUCAAGUAAGAAGUCAAAGCGCAAGAAAAGCACACUAGACCAGACGGAAUCAGAAUCAGUCUCAUCGUUGGUUCCUAUACCGGCGCCAAUGAAUGAGAAGAAGAGAGGUCGAGGUCGUCCUAAGAAAACGCCGACCACUUCUGAUGCCAUCGAGCCCAUCGUACCUCUUGAACAAGAAGCAAAAGAGGAGCAGCCUAAUGAACCUGAACAACCAACAGAACAGAAUCUGGUCACCGAGAAGGUCGAUCCAAGCUCAGUCAUCGCACCAGACGAACCACAACCUGUGGAACCCGUGAUCUCUCGGGACACAGAACAGGUCAAUGUUCCAACCAAAGUCAAUCCAGCUCCGACGUCAGAGACGCCAGAAAAGUCAACGAAACCCGCCACUCCUUCGCCCAUGACCAAAGGCAAAGUGCCCUACCGUGUGGGCCUAAGUAAACGAGCGAGAAUCGCCCCUUUGCUACGAACCUUGAAGAAAUGA